AUGCAUAGCACACAAUCACAGUAUCCAUCGGUACCGUCAACGACUACAACAUCAACUGAAACAAUCAGUGAAGAUAUCUUAUCAUCGGAGGUGCCAACAACGCUAAAUCCCACAAACGAAAGAACAACUUCUUCAAGCUUGAGCUCACAAGCCACGACACAAACCACGCACACAACCAAUGCAGGACCAACUUCUAUCUCACCCUCCACAACAGAGCAAAGAACAACACUUCUCAUCCCCAAAGAUACUUCAACAAUCACAUUUCUUGAAGAGACCACAGUUCCUGGCGAGGCAACUGUACAGAAAAGCACACAACGAUCACCUACACUAAGAUCUACCUUAGACACAACCACACAAUCGAAAACGUCUCAUGGGUUGAGUACGAAUGGAAGAGGGUUUGCUACAACACAGUUAACGACAGAGCAAAGCACACUCACACCUACCGUUGAGGAGACAACAGUUUAUAAAACAACGGUGCAAACCAGCACAAAAGUACCAUCCACACUCAGGUCUACGUUCGAUGCAACCACACUGUUAGAAACGACUCAGUCAAGUACGCAGGAAACAAGUUUAGCUACAUUGCAAGGAGCCACAGAGCCAAGUACGCGGGCGUCUACUCUCGAAGAGACUACGGUGCAUGAGAAGACAACGGUGCACAUCAGCACAAUAGAACCGUCAACUAUCAUUGCAGAAACGACUGAAGAGCCAAGUACACAAGAAAGCAGGAUUUCUCAAACUGAGGUAACACCGGGGCAAAGCACACAGGAAUUAACUUUUCCUGAGACUACAGUCCUUGUCAAAACAACGGACCACACCAGCACAGUGAAACCGUCGACAAUGCGAUCCGGUCUUGACUCCACGGCACUGUUGGCAACGACUCAUGACCAAAGGACGACUGGAGGCAGAUUCUCUACAACGCAAGUAGCAACCGAGCAAACUGAAUCUACUCUUCAUGCGACUACUGCUUCUGACGAGACAACAGUACAAACCAGCACUGAGGAACCGUCGACAAUCAUGUCCAUUAUUAAAGCCACUUCUCUAUUGGAAACAACUUCUGAACCAAGCACGCAAGGUAGCAAGUUUACUACAAUCCAGGUAACAACGGAGAAAAGCACACCAGUAUAUACUUUGAAAGAGACUACGGUCUCUGAAGAGAAAGAAACAACGGUGGAAAGCCACGCAGAAGAUGUGUCGGCAAUCGGUUCUACUCUCGACACCAUAACACUUUUGGAAAUGACUCAGAAAAGUACGCAAGGAAGUGAGUUUACUACAAUGCAGGUUACAACAGAGCAAAGCACUCCAUUGUCUACUUUGAAAGAGACUACGGUCCCUGAAGAGAAAGCGACAACGGUGCAAAGCCACACAGAAGAUGUGUCGGCAAUCGGUUCUACUCUCGACACCGUAACACUUUUGGAAAUGACUCAGAAAAGUACAAGAGGAAGUGAGUUUACUACGAUGCAGGUUACAACAGAAAUAAGUACAACUGGGUCUAAUUUUUACGAUACUACUAACUCUGAAGAGACAACAGUGCACACUAGCACAAAAGAGCCGGUGACAACCAGUUUUGACGCCACAACAACGUUGGAAAAUACCCAUCGACCAAGUACACAAGAAACUACAAUACGCGGAUCAACAGAGCAAAGUACGCUGUCAUCUACUGGUGAAGAGAGCACGGUUCUAGACGAGACAACCGUGCACACCAGCACAGAAGAACCAAAGACAACCCGCUCCACUCUUGACACGACUAGUCAGUCAAAUACGCAAGGAAGCAUAUUUUCUACGGUGCAGGUAACAACAGAACAAAGCACAACUGAAUCUAAUCUUCUCAAGACGACGACAACUGCCCCUGACGAGACGACAGUGCACACCAGCACAAUAGAACCGGUGACAACCAUUCCCAUAUUUGACACAACAACACAGCUUGAAACGACUCAUCAGCCAAGUACGGAAGAAAGUAUUACGUCUACAACAAUGCAGGUAACAAAGCUCGCAUCUACUUUCGAAGAGAGCACCGUCCCCGACAAGACGACAGUGCACGCCAGCACAGAAGAACCAACGACAAUCAGGUCUGCCCUUCACACAACCACAUUGUCGGGUAAGACCAUUCAACCAAGUACGCAAGCAACCAGGUUUCCGACAGUGCAGGUUACAACGGAGCAAAGUACGCAGACAUCUACUCUCGAAGAGAGCUCUGCCCCUGGCAAAACAACAGUACAGACCAGCACAGAAGAACCUUCGACAAUCAGGUCUACACUUCACACAGCGACAUUGUCGCGAACGACCCGUCAACCAAGUACGCAAGCAACCGAGUUUCCAACAAUGCAGGUUACAACGGAGCAAAAUGCGCUGACAUCUACUCUAGAAGAGAUCACAUCUACUGAUGAGACAACGGUAGUAACCAGCACAGAAGAACCGACGACAACCAGUUCUAUCCUUGAUACUACAGAACCGUUGGAAACGACUCAACAGCCCACACAAGAAACAAGUUUAACACCAACGAAGGGAGCAACAUGGAAAAGUACUUUGACAUCUACUCCCAAAGAGACUACCCCUUACGAUACCACAGCGCAGACCAUUACAGAAGAACCAUCGACAAGCAAGACCACCUUUCGCAAAACCACAUUGUCGGGAACGACCGUUGUACCAAGUACGCAAGCAACCAGGUUUCCGACAAUGCAGGUGACAACGGAACAAAGUACACUGACAUCUACUCCUGAAGAGACCCCUGGCGACACAACUGCGCAAGCCAGCACAGUAGAACCGUCGACAAUCAGUUCCCCCCUUGACACGACAUCAGUGUUAAAAACAACUCACCAGCCAAGAACAGACCACCACUUCGGUCAAAACAAAUGCUCCAACCACUAUAUCACCUACAACGGAGUUAACAACAUCUUCGUCAACUGUCGUUACAACGCCAACAACAAUUGUACUGGAUACAACGACAGAUUAUAUGACAACCCACCAUUCUCCAAGCCAAAAAACAACAUCAGAACCUGCGUCUACAAGCGGUUCCACAAAGGCAACGACAACUAA